CCGGAUUUAUUUUUGAGGCGCACCGCGGCACAAGCGCCUCACUCAAAAUCCACCCUAAUUACUCUUAAAGUGUUACUUCCUACUUUGAUGCAUCAAGUCCCGUUCUAUAACGCUCGAAAAAGCAAAACACGUCUGUAUUAGUUAUGUCAACAAAUCAUUAGCAGUUGUGCAGCGAACUUUAGCUGUAGUUUAGUAUUUGUUCAGUCCCCCGUUGCUCUGAUCGACGGGAGCUGCAGUGAAAAUGGUCCCUCGUUUAAAGAUCAGAAACGCUUUCUCAAAUGUUGUCUUCGCCUCGCUCGUCGCUGCAGUCUGUGUAAGUGUGGGCUUUAGUGGGAGUGUAGAGAUUGACGCGCAGAAAUGUUUAGUUUGGGGUCCUGGACUGAGUCCCGAUGCUGUACUUCCGGUCAGAUACUUCUACAUCCAGAGCGUGGACUCCCAGGGACACAACAUCAGCGCGUCUCCCGCUCCAGACUCGUUCAGAGUGAAGGUCUGGUCUCUGGAGAAGGAGUUUGUCCGUGUCCAUGUCCCGGCUCCUUUAGAUCGGGGCGACGGCUCUCUUCUGGUCAGAUACAGACUCUACGGAAGCUCCUCCAAGGGUCUGAAGAUUGAAGUCUUGUAUCGAGACGAGCCCGUGGCACACUCUCCCUACACUCUCAAGGGGCCGGUGUAUCACGAGUCCUGUGUGUGUCCCGAGCCGGAUCCGCUCGUCUGGAGGAGCGCUCUGCAGUGUCCCGAGGACGAGCCGCAGAUCCAGCAGGACUUCCUCUCCUUCCCGUCCAUCGACCUCCAGCGGCUCCUGAAGGAGGUUCCUGAGCGCUUCUCCAGACGAGGAGGACUGCUGCACUACAGCCUGAUCCACAACCAGCUGCACCGCCGCUCGCUCGGCAAGUACACCGACUUCAAGAUGUUCUCCGACGAGAUGCUGCUGUCCCUCGCGCGCAAGGUGAAGUUACCGGAUGUGGAGUUUUAUAUUAAUGUGGGAGACUGGCCGAUGGAGGACAGGAAGGCGGGAGAUAAACCCGGUCCGCUGCCCAUCAUCUCGUGGUGCGGCUCCACGGACACGCGUGACAUCAUCCUCCCCACGUAUGACAUCACACACUCGUCUCUGGAGGCCAUGAGGGGCGUCACCACUGACCUGCUGUCUGUGCAGGGCAACACAGGUCCUGUGUGGUCAGAUAAAACGGAGAAGGCGUUCUUCCGAGGCCGGGACAGUCGAGAGGAGCGUCUGCGUCUGGUUAAAAUGUCCAAAGAUAAUCCAGAGCUGCUCGAUGCGGGAAUAACUGCGUAUUUUUUCUUCCGCGACCGAGAGAAGGAUCUGGGAAAAGCACCGCUGGUGGGAUUCUUCGACUUCUUUAAGUACAAAUACCAGGUGAACGUGGACGGGACGGUAGCGGCCUACAGGUUUCCGUACCUGAUGCUGGGGAACAGCUUGGUCUUCAAGCAGGACUCGCCGUACUACGAGCACUUCUACACACAUCUGAACGCAGGAGUGCACUACAUCCCUGUGAAGAGAGACCUGUCUGACCUCCUCCAGAAGAUCCGCUGGGCUCAGGAGAAUGACACGCAGGCGGAGGCCGUAGCGAAGAGCGGACAGUCGCUGGUCAGAGAUCUGCUUCAGCCGCACAGACUCUACUGCUAUUACUACAGCGUUCUUCAGACGUACGCAGCUCGUCAGAGCACACGGCCUGCGGUUCAUCCCGACAUGGAGCUGGUUCCUCAGCCGUCUGAUCCCAGCACUCUGUGUGACUGCCAGCGGUCUCCAGACGAGCUCAAACCCCAGCAGAAGAACGAGCUCUGAGGACCAGCGACACCCAAUCAGAAUCAAGGAUGAGGACCGGCAACACCCAAUCAGAAUCAAGGAUGAGGACCGGUGACACCCAAUCAGAAUCCAGGACGGGCGGCUGAGUGCUGCUGGGAGUGAUGUGUUUAACACAUAAUGAUGUGCAUUAAUCCCACUGUUUUAAAUGACGUUUUUUUUUCCUUUUUGCACCUGAUUCCUGUUUGAUAUGUUAUUGAACCGAGUAUGUGUUUUGUUUCCCUCUUGUUUCACCUUCCUAGGAUUUAUUUAAGUGUAACCAGGUUGAUGGAUAUCAUGUCGCAUCAAAUGAGUUUUAACGAAUGCUUUAAAUGAAGCUCAUGUAAGCUGAGCAUUAUUUUGUGCACGGGCUACACUCGAGCACAGUAUCACACUAAAAACAAUAUGAACCAUGCUUCGAAUCGUUGGAUUCUUUGAGGUCUGUGCAGCUGAUGAUAUGAAGCCCAAGCAGCGCUUCGAUUCUGAUGAUGGGGAGUUUCUGACUCAAACCUCUCAACAAAGCCAAGUCUGUCUGAAAUGAUGUUUUAUGUGCUUGCCUUAAACUUAAACACAUUCCAUUGGUUUCAUUUGUGCCUGAUCAGCUGGAGCUCAUGGGAAACCAGAACUACAGUAUUUUACCAUUUUGUAUGAAUUUGUGCUGUGUGAAUCAUGCAAAAACAUUUUUUUUUAGAAAUAAAGCAAGAUUAGACAAAAUUUCACACAUUUGCCACUAGUUUACCAAAAUGUGAAAAAGUCAAAGUGCCAUGAGAUUGUGAUGUCUUGCUGUAUGAGACUUUUGGAAAACUCUGUGAUAUAUUUUGUUUUGAACCGGACGUACUUUUUGUAUUAAUGUUUCUAUGUACGCAUUAAAGAAAUAAUUCACCCCAAAAUAAACAUUUGCUGAAGAUUU